AUGCAGAGAAAACUCAUCGUUUUUCUCGUCGUUAUUGUUGGAGUGCGAGCAGGAGCAAUCCCCCACUACGAUGAUCAUCACCACGACGAGCAUGAUUACAAUGAUUACAAGAAAGAAUACGACUCAGGCUACGAAUCGGGAAGUCACCACGUGGAGGGAGCUUACAAAUAUGGAGGAGAAGGGAAAUACGCAAAGGGAACAUCGUACGGGAAAACUUGGGGCACACAUUACGGCGAUCACAACGAGUACGCGCCCCACGAUGAUGAUUAUGGCUAUGGCUAUGGCUAUCACUACUCUCCAUCGCAUUAUGAUGCCCAUCAUCAGGAUUAUUCUCCCUACUAUUCGGGCUACAACAAGCACUACUCGCACGGAUACGGACAGCCAUUUUAUGGAAACGGUCACCACUACGAGCCACAUCACAAUGAUCAUCACGAUCAUUACGGUUAUGGAUAUGAAUAUCAC